UGUUAUUGUUUCUAGGUGAUGAAAUAUAUUUGCGUCGGAAUAACAGCUUCAUUAUCAUUUAUUUUCGUGCUUUUGCUAAUCGAAAGUACCAACUAUCAAGAACAAGUAUGUCUGAUUUAGAUGAUGCAUACGGGCCAGCAUUGCCACCAGGUUUGGGAACUCCUACUGUCUCUGAGAAAACAGCAAUCAUUGGUCCAGUUAUUCCCUCACAGUUGAAGACAGGUCAGCAUCACACCUCUGACUCUGACACUAGCUCAAGUGAAAGUGAUGCAAAACACAAAGUACAAAAGAAAACCAAAAAGAAAAAACGGAAAUGUUCGUCUGGCAGCAGUUCUGACAAUGUCAAAAAGAAGAAGCAAAAACACACAAAAAAGGUUUCUAGUUCUGACUCUGAAACAAGCUCAAGUGGAAGUAACAGUAGUUAUUCAUACUGCAGAAAUAAUAAACAAACUUCAAAGCACAAAACAAUAUCUUUUGAAAUUUCAGAAGGAAGACCAUCUAUAGGUCCAAUACUGCCAGGUGAUUUGAAGGGUGUAACUAACAAUAAAGAUAGUGCAAGACGUAUUGGCCCAGCAUGGCCCCAGAGGUUGGGUUCCUCUCAGGUAGCAGGGGGCAGUGACAGCGAUGAUGAUAUAGGACCAAGUAUUGGCCUCCAGGCUCAAGAGGAGGAUCUGUCUGCAGUCAGAGAGUUUACAGCUCGGGCCAACAGAAUGAAAGACAAGCUAGAGGAUGAGGUAAAGCCUGUAGAUGGCCCUGCCCAGCGUGAGAGCUGGAUGACAGAGCUUCCAGAGGGGCUGGGCGCCAGGUUUGGGCUGGGAGCCAGGCAGUUCAGGAAGGAGGAGGCUGCAGAGAUAGACUCCAGCUGGACUGACAAACCUGGGGAACACAAAAAGGAAGGCAAGAAAAGAAGCCAUGAUUUCACAACUGAAGCCGACAUGAAGGCUGCUAAAGAAAUGGAAAAAUUUAAUAAAAAACACAGAGCUGAAUCUCUUCUGGAGCUGCAUAAGAAGGAAUUAAAGAAAAAGAAGAAAAAAGAGAAGAAGAAGAACAAGGGAAGGGAGAGGCCUUUGGAGCGUCAGGUGUUUGACCGGGAGAGGGACCUCAAGGUAAACAAGCUGGACGAGGCACAGCGGCGCGCCAUCAUCAAACGCUCACAGGAACUGGGCUCCAGGUUCAAGAGUGGCGGUACAGGGACUUCCUUCUUGUAACCAUGGAGACAGCUCUGUAGGCGUUUUCAAAGGCUGGGGAAUGCGUCUGUCAAUGACCAUAAAGAUAUUGCAAAAUGUGCACAGAACUCUGUUGACUGACUUACUGAUGGAUUGAUUGCAUUGCAUUCUAUUGAAUGACCUGAAUGGUGUGCGAGAGGACAUUAUAAACGGCAGCAAUCUACAAUUCCUUUAAAAUAAAUUGGAUAAACAUAA